AGUCAAUUGUUAAAUAUGAAUAACGAUGAUGUAAAAAUGGAGGAAGCCACGCGUGACAUAAAGCCUAAACCUGUUAAUUCAUCAACUGCUGGUCAGACUUCGGCUCUUUUGCCCGAACCAGAUGGAAAAGAUUAUCAAAAACUUAUGGAAAAGUACUUAGAAAAGUUCAACAAAGUUCAUGCUCAUUCACAAGAUCUUUGGAAAGAAGAAAAGACACUUCGCCAAGCGUUAUAUUCAUAUCAAAGAAGGGUGAAUUCCCUUUUGGAUAUGCUUAGCACAUCCGAGCCUCAUGAUGACGAUACUGAUACAUUUAUCAAUGAUACAGCCAAUAUUGCUAGAAUAGAGAACUUGGUAAGUGAAAAUCCUUCAUUGAAAGACGUGCUAGGUCCAAUGAAAGAAAUUUUUCAAUCUGGAGACGAUAGCACAAAAGUGUCACAGAGACAUUUGAUAAAUCUUUUCAUAUCAGAAUCAGUUCCAGAAUUAGUUGGUGAUUCCUUAGAUCAUUUGGAGAUAAAUCCACAAGAUACAGAGCCUUGGUUGAGAAGACAAUAUCCAAAUUUGGUGGUUUCAAAAUUCAAACCUAUGAAUUUCACCCCUAGUACAGUAGUUGAUGUAGUAGAAUCUGUACAACCUGCACGCCCAGUCAAUAAAAGAAAGCGGAAACCAGUGCGUGACAGCUCACAAGAUCAAGAUACAGAACAUGAAGAUAUUGAAAUUAGUAGCCCACAACCCAAACAAAUAAAGACUAGUUAGAAUAUAAUUAAAUUUAAACUAUAUAAAAUAUACACUAAAUUCUUUCUAAUAAUAAUAUUCUAAUAUUUGGAUAUAUUUAUUCAUUUCUCUCAUUAUAUACAUAU